AUGAGAUGGAGGCGAAGGGGGAGAGGGAGAGGGAGAGGGAGAGGGAGAGGGAGAGGGAGGUGCAGGGUCGCGAGACGAAAUAGCGUUGUGCGAGGAAGCGGCUUCCCACUUAAGGAUGGUGUUGUGGAAGUUGAUAGUGGGGUCCUCGUUGAUAGUGGGGUCCAUAGUGGGGAGGGGGGGGGGGGGGGGGGGGGAGGUCUGCGGGGGUCGGCAGGGUCGUGGGGGGUGUGCGAUGAGGUAAGGGAUGAGAGGCGGAGGGGGACGAGGAGGGCAAGGUACCCCCGUGCAGGAGCGCCGCGAGUAGGACCUUAUAUCGCCCAAUGGCAGCGCCGUAACAGGGCCGAUAGGAUACACGUGUAUUUACAGAUGGCACACGUGGCGGCGUGUGCACGUGGCACUACCAAAUCACUCUCAACGCCGUAUCCGGUUUUGUGGCGCUUCUGCGGCAUCUACAACGCGAGUUACCUCUAUAAGGUACUCUUGUCUCCAAGUAUAGUACAUCGACUCCACCUCCACCAACGCCAUCUAUUCUUUAAAGCCCCCCUCCAAACGGCCUGCCCCCUCCCCCUAAAGGCCCUCCUCCGAAAGGAGGCCCUCCCAUCCCUCCUCCUCCCGUACCCCCUCCCAGCCCAUGUUCAUCCUCCCACCCGGGCGGCCUCUCAAUGUCAUUAUCCGGCCCGAACGGCAAGUACGGAUCAUACCUAG